AUGCAUACUUCCGGAUGGCAUUCAUCACCGACUUCCGCCUCGCCUCCCAAACGCCAUCAUUUUGUUCUCCUUCCCUUCGUCCUACUCCUCUUCGAACUCCAGAAGCGCCCUCACGUCGCACUCCACGAACGACUCUAUGUCCAACGCAAACGGGGAGUUGUUCAGGUCGGUCUGCUGGAUCCACCGGUUUCUGAGCGGCGUGGAGCCUUAGAAGGAGGGCAAGUGGAUUAUUGUGGAGAAAAUGAUGGGGAGAAGAUGAAUUUGACAGAGAAAGAGGAGAAAUCUCUAGCCGCCUUAUUUGCAGAAAUAUCCUUAUCGGAUGGCGAGUGGCCGACUUUCGAUACCGUCAGCGGCAGGCGGUGA